AUGAAGACCCAACUUGAGGGCCUGGGCCUGGACUACAAGGCGCCUGAAUUCGGCGGCAAGGCGCCCUCACGCCCACGGAAAGGCGCUUCGAAGAAAGGGAAGAACAAGUCUUCCUCCUCCGGAGCUAAGAACGAUGCGCCUGUCGCGGCACACACAGGAAAGGGGCGCAUCAAACCACAAAAGGCGUCGAGUGUCCCUCCGGUAGAGGAGGAGAUUGCGCCUACCUUCGUGCAACCCGAAGAGGAGGCGCCUAUUGUCCACAUUUCUUCCGACCCUGAGUUGGAUAUCGAUGAUCUCCCCCUUGUGCAAAAGCUGAAAAGGAAGCAAGCUGAGGAUGAUACUCGGGCGCAGAGCAAGAAGCAGCGCACAAGCGCAGAGGAGCGAGUCCCGGAGUUUGUCGAAAAAUGGCUACAACCACCCAGGCAUAGGGUCAACAUUGCCUGCUCAGACAGAUCUGCCUUGGAGAGAGGCUCUGCGCUUGGCAUUGCCUUUCACGCGGCCGAGGUGUUGAGGGCGCCCAGUGAAGUUCAAGGCGCGAACUUAUGGGGAGAAGUAGCACGCAUGGCUGCCCAGAUGCUCCUACUCGCCAAGAAUGGCGCAUUGGCAGGCGAGGCGCUGCGCGUUGGAGAGAAUGAGGCCUCCAAUUCCCUUAGUGUGAUGAGGGAUGACUUGGAGACCGCGCAGAGACACCAACCGAAGCUGGUGCAAGCGUGCGAGGAUGCCAAUCUCGAGGCUACAAAAGCUAUCUCUCUCGUCCAAAAGUCCAUCGAUGAGGAAAAGCAGAGACUGAAAUCGGAGCAUGAGGCCCAGCUCAAGAAUAUCAAAAGGGCGCAUCAUGAGGAGAUGGCCAAGCUUGUGAAGGAAAAGGACGAUCUGAACAAAGAGGCGGGCGCCCAAAGGAGCAAAAUCGACCUCCUUACUGAAGAGAAGAAGGCGCUGCAGAAGGAGAAGAAGAUUCUGGCCAAGGAGGAUAAGAGGCGCCAGGAAGAGCUAGAGGCGCUUAAGAAAGAGAAAGCGACAGCGGAGACGCCUGUCUCAGACAUGGCGCUUAAGGCCCAUGCCUCCCUCAACAACAUCCUCAUUUUGAAGAGGAAGUUGGAGGCUGACCAUCCCACUAUCAACUGGGAUGUCAAGGAGAUGGCCAAUUUCGUCAUCGACUUCAUGGCCAGUGGGCGCCCAAUCGUGGACCCAGCUCCUGCGCCUCUUCAGGACCCGGUGGAUGAAGGAGAAGACUCGGGAUCAAGUUCGAAAUCUGGCGAGAAGUCAGCGGGCGAAGAAUAG